AUGUACUGUACCGUAUGCGGAAUCGAGGGUUGCAUCGAGGAGAUCAACAUCUCCGGGGAAGAAUGUUCAAGUUCUCACAUUGCCUGCUCUGCUUGCGAAGAGUUGUCUUCCCUCGACGCCCAAAUUGCUGAUGCACAGAACCUUCUACGAACUCUCUACCUCAAACGCUGCCAAAUCAAACUCAGACGGAACUUGCACCAUGACCAGCUCCUUCGAUGUCUCCCGAUUGAAGUUGUGUCUCGCAUCUUCGUUCAAUGCCUUCAUACGCCACCACCGCCCUCGCUCGGAGAAGAUAACACAUACGCCGCUGAGGAUAUACAAUCGCGAAAGUCGAACUUGUUUGCUUUUAUCCUGGCAUCGGUCUGCCAGCGCUGGCGCCAAAUCGCGUUUUCGACACCACAUCUCUGGACCGUCGUGCGUGUCAGGGUGUUUAGCCCAUCUCUCACUCUAUAUCCCCAGAUGCUGUCAGAGUUGUUGAGGCGCUCAGGCAACCUUCCCCUCUGGCUUAACGUCUACGAGGACAGGAUGGAGGAAAAGACGUGGAUUCUUGAUUUGUUCAGGGAACCAGUUACUUACCAGCGUGCCCCAAUCUUCAAUCCUGAUCCAAUCUUCGAGGCUAUUAAUCACCAUAUUUCGCGUGUUGAUACUUUGCAGUUGCGCCUCUUCAGCGAACGCCUCACCCUUUUACGCGGCGAGACUCCUAUUCUUUGCCAACUCUGCCUACUCGUCCUCGGCAACCAACAUUCUUCUACCACCUUCCGCCUCGCAAACGCCAUGCCGAGCCCACAAAGAGUCAACAUCGACUACGUGCCAUACGCAGCAAUUGGAAUCGAGAACAUCGUCAUGCGCACCAUCGACUUCAACUCCCUUGAUCCUCAAAUUUUCACCCUCUCGGCUCUCCAAACACUCAUCCUCGAGCUCGGACGCCACGGUCAACGCAUGGUGCUCUCACGCCUCCUCACUCCAGCCCUACAGACACUCCACACCCAUGCCGACCUUCCAACCAUCACUUCCCUCAUCACGCACUCGCAAUGUGCACUCCAGAAACUCGACAUUGACUUGGACGACGCAACUCUCUUGCAGAUGAUCGACCUAGUGGCGAUGAUCCCCUCAUUGGUCGAGCUGAGCGCAUCGCAUGUCAAUAUCCAGGACGUGAUAUUCGAGCUUUUGGCUGCUACCGCGUCCAUAGGGGAGGACAGUCCCCCAAAUGAGGUGUUUCUUCCCAAUUUGCGCGUUCUCCAUCUCCGCGGUACGUCAUACUUCAACUGGUCGACCCUCCCUCCUAUCUUCUCCCUGAACAAUACGGACGCGGACGCUGUUCUGCGACCAUUAUCCACAUUGCAUCUUGUUCUCUCCUUCUACCCCGGGGACAUGGAAGAGGAGGACGACCUGACUCUGAGUCCACAUCCAAUAGGUGAAGAUAUCAGGAAACAACUCAAACAGCUGAAUGCUGAGGGAAAAGAGAUAGACAUAGAGACUCGUAAAGGCGAAAAUCUACUUUGGUAG